CCAUGGGUGAAAAAGCAGUGCCACUUAUCAAGCAGAAGUUUAUGGAUUUGAAUUUAGUCGAGGUUCCUAACUGGACAUUAAAACGAUUGCUGUCUCCAAAAUCUAUCCUCGAUGCUCUCUGCAGAGGCCAUGAUGCUUAUUACAAGAAGUACAUCGAUGUGAAGAAGGGUGGGAUUGGUGGAGUUGCAAUGUUCCUGAUGGGCUAUGUUGUAAUCAGCUACAUUUGGGAAUACAGCCACAUUAAGCACGAUCGCUGGAGGAAGUAUCACUGAAUGGCUCUAUUAAUACAUGACAAAUCAAAGAAACUAUACAAAGGGAAGUAUCUCUCAGCUAGACCAGUGAAUUCAAACAGUCGUUACUGAACUUAAACAGUGAAUCGAAAUACUGUUAUUGUAGUUGG